CAAGAGAUUCUGGGAAGGGACAAACAGUUCCUCUCCCUCAACUUGGGUACCAAUGAGCUGUACCAGGCCGGGUAAGACCAUCUCCCCUCCUGUUCACUGUCCUGAGGUGGGCAGCCAGACAGGUGCCCUGUCUUUACAGAGUAUGACGCUGUGCCCAUUCAGUCCAGUGUGGUGCUAUGUUCCUGCCCAUCCCCAUCAAUGGUGAGGUCCCAGACUGAGCCCAGCUCGUCCCCUGGCAUUCCUAGUGGUGUUAGCAGGCAGGGAUCCACCAUGGACGGCACCACAGCUGAAGCCCGACCAAGCACCAACCCCUUGCAGCAGCACCCUGCCCAGCUGCCACCACAGCCUCGCAAGAAACGCCCUGAAGACUUCAAGUUUGGGAAAAUUCUUGGCGAGGGCUCUUUUUCGACAGUUGUUCUGGCCCGAGAACUGGCCACUUCCAGAGAAUAUGCUAUUAAAAUUCUGGAGAAACGUCAUAUAAUAAAAGAAAACAAAGUCCCGUAUGUAACUAGAGAGAGAGAUGUGAUGUCACGCCUGGAUCACCCCUUCUUUGUGAAACUUUACUUUACGUUUCAGGACGACGAAAAGCUGUAUUUUGGCCUUAGUUAUGCCAAAAAUGGAGAGCUACUCAAAUACAUCCGCAAAAUCGGUUCAUUUGAUGAGACCUGUACCCGGUUUUACACAGCUGAGAUUGUGUCUGCUUUAGAGUACUUGCAUGGCAAGGGCAUCAUUCACAGAGACCUUAAACCAGAAAACAUCUUGUUAAACGAAGACAUGCACAUCCAGAUCACAGAUUUUGGAACAGCCAAAGUAUUAUCCCCAGACAGCAAACAAGCUAGAGCCAAUUCAUUUGUAGGAACAGCGCAGUAUGUUUCUCCAGAGCUGCUCACAGAGAAGUCGGCGUGUAAAAGUUCAGACCUUUGGGCCCUUGGAUGUAUAAUCUAUCAGCUUGUGGCAGGACUUCCACCAUUCAGAGCCGGAAAUGAAUAUCUUAUAUUUCAGAAGAUCAUUAAGUUGGAAUAUGAUUUCCCAGAAAAAUUCUUCCCUAAGGCAAGAGAUCUUGUGGAAAAACUCUUGGUUUUAGAUGCCACAAAGCGUUUAGGCUGUGAAGAGAUGGAAGGGUACGGGCCUCUCAAAGCUCAUCCAUUCUUUGAGUCCAUCACGUGGGAGAAUCUGCACCAGCAGACGCCUCCGAAGCUCACAGCUUACUUGCCAGCCAUGUCAGAAGAUGAUGAAGACUGCUAUGGCAAUUACGACAAUCUCCUGAGCCAGUUUGGCUGCAUGCAGGUGUCAUCCUCCUCCUCUUCCCACUCCCUGUCUGCGGUGGAUGCCAGCCUGCCCCAGAGGUCGGGCAGCAACAUAGAGCAGUACAUUCAUGAUUUGGACACUAACUCUUUUGAACUAGACUUACAGUUUUCAGAAGAUGAAAAAAGGUUGUUAUUGGAAAAGCAAGCCGGUGGAAACCCUUGGCACCAGUUUGUAGAAAAUAAUCUAAUAUUAAAAAUGGGCCCAGUGGAUAAGCGAAAGGGUUUAUUUGCAAGACGACGGCAGUUAUUACUCACAGAAGGGCCACAUUUAUAUUAUGUCGAUCCUGUCAACAAGGUCUUAAAAGGUGAAAUUCCAUGGUCACAAGAACUCCGACCAGAGGCCAAGAAUUUUAAAACUUUCUUCGUCCACACGCCUAACAGGACGUAUUACCUGAUGGAUCCAAGCGGGAAUGCUCACAAGUGGUGCAGAAAGAUCCAGGAGGUUUGGAGGCAACAGUACCAGAGCAGUCCAGAUGCUGCUGUGCAGUGACGUGGCCUGCGGCCGGGCUGCCUAUCGCUGCCAGGACACCUGCCUCAGCGCGGCUCGGCCGCCACCCAGGACGCUUCCAGACCACCUGCCAGCCAUCUCAAGGAGAACAUAGAUGGCAAAAACCUUGCAGCUUUUUUAUUUAAAAGAAAAGAAGAAAAAAAAGAACCCAACCACACAAAGAACAAAACAAAUAGCCAACAAACAGGAAUUCAGGGUCGCUUUGCUUGCUCUCUGUGCUCUGUGGUGGCUUCCAUGCACUGCUGUAACCAUGGAGACCCAGCUUCUUGCACGGUAGCCCAGCUUCUGCCCAGACCAGUGGCCAGAUUUGGCAUCACCAGCCCCUCCUAGCAUCCACAGGAACCGCAUGCCUGCCUCUACCUUCCCCACCUGACACCCAGCUCCUGCUGUGACUGAGGGACUGGGUGUAUCUGGCCUACACCAACUGUUGCAGAAUCCUUCACCAGGAGCCUCUUCACUCCUCUGCUGGGGUAUCACCAGCUUACUGUGGGAACAGGGCUCUUAGCUUGUGUGUGUUUUCCCUUGAAUCCCUUGUAUGGCCCUCGAGGUCUGCUCAGGUGUGUUUCUGCUGACAGGAUACCUGCGUUCCUGCCUUAUAGUAGGCGGGUUGUAUGGUGAGAAGAAUGAGGGCUGUUGUAGUUACAGGUGCCCUCCCUGGGCUCUGCUCUAGCGUUCCACUUCCUAGAAGUGUACCCCGUGAACUAGACACCAAGCCAAGCACCUGUCCAAAAGGGUUGCUGUCAUACCAGCACCUAGGUAACACCAACUAGAUCCUUUUCAGACACAGAAGCUUGUCCUGAACCUGGGCAAGGCUGGAAGUACUAUGGAGGAUCCAGCCUGGGCCACCACUUCCAUGUAGAGAAGUGGGGCAGCAGCCCCUCCUGGGAGUUUGUGCACAGUUCUAAGUGUGUAGACCACAUGCCCUCUGAGGCAGGCACUGAGAAAACUCUAGGGUGUGUGCCAGUAUCUCCCAAGUGUCGCCUGGGAUGCUGUGGGUAAACAUUUCUCAGCUAGCUUCGUUUUCACAACUGUUGAAAAUCUGAAAACCUUCUCAUGUUGCCUGGUCACCACCUACUACCAUAAAGCGUGGGCCUUGCCUGGAAAGAAUGUUACCACUGUCUUGCUCACAGAACAGCCCUCUUAAUCUGAGCCUGUCUAUGCUGGCAUUCUUUGCCAGUAUUGGGACACUUCUUUGAUGCUAAACUGACAGUGCUUUGUUCUAUAAUACAGAUGGCCUGGGAUAUUUUGGCAUUUCUUGCAUAAUGCUUCUGAGGGACUUGGCUGUACCUCUCUUUGACUAAGAUGACUAAGAUGGCCCUUGGUCUAGUGGGGAACAGUGGGCAUCUGCCCUCACAGAUGACACCUCACAGCAACACCUCAGAUUCCCGUGUUCCAAAGGCAGCAACAAUUUUGCCAUUUCUGUUAACUUUCACAAAGGCACCCCCAAAUACCCACAACAGAGGUUACCCCGGUUUUGUCUACAGUGACUGCCUGUGGGCCAGGCCAUCUAAACUGAGAGGGGGAAAGAUUCUAUGUUCAAACCUUUAAGAGUGAUUCUUUUAAACUGAGGUAGAGUGUAGAUAAAAAGCCAGCCAUUGUGCUGUGGCAGGGGUGCUGGAUGGGAACAGAGAUUUUAUUUAGACUUAGCUCGAUUGUGUGAUAAGAGCUUUAGGUGACCCGGGAGCAGGGCAUCACUUGCCUGCAGAACCCAGGGAAAAGGUAUGGCCUAGUAUACUAUCAGCCUAUAAGUGAGAGUGGGCACUCUUGGUUUUUGAAGAGCCUGUGUUAGCUAAGUACAUUUGUCUAGUUUCUCCUUGGAGUCCUGUUCUUGUUCAUGCCUGUGGCCAUUUAGCCCUCAGAGUGCCCUGUAUCCUACAUUUGCACAUGUAAGAGUGGCUUCUUGCCUCUCCAGUGGAUGCAGACACAGGGAAAGCAUCUCUGAGGGCACUUAACUACAGGGGACCACAGGACUGAGGCUUCGCUUGAAUUAGAUCACAUGGCUGGCUGUAUAUGGGAGAGUCCUCUGUUGCUUCCUUCCCUGGAGAGCAAUACUACCUCCUGGGCACCACCCUAACCUCCAAAAUCAGGGUUCAGCUAAGUUAGUAAUAGGUGGCCACCAUGACUGCCCUAGGCAACAACAGCUGAACUCUUCCUGGGUCACCUUUGUCUUUACUGCCCCCUUUUCCUUGAUUUUUUUCUUUUCUCACCCUGGCUUAAAUCACCUUCAUUUUUUUCCAGUCAUCCUUAGAGCGGUCACCCCGUGUGCAGGUGCCUUACUUUGUAGGACAGGAUGUGGCUGUCAGUUUGUAUCUCUCUCUCUCUCUCUCUCUCUCUCUCUCUCUCUCUCUCUCUCUGUGUGUGUGUGUGUGUGUGUGUGUGUGUGUGUGUGUGUGUGUGUGUGUGUGUGUGUGUACAGCAGUAAAUGGAGGAUGUAUGUAAGGAGAGAAAGAAAUGCCCUAAUAGUUCCUCUAGAAAUCAUGUGUCCUAAGAAUGGCAAGGAUGGAAAGAAAGGUGAAGACUGCUGUCUGGCUUCUCCUACCUAGGUACAGUAGACUGUACCUCACAGCCCCACUGAUCACUGGCUUCUCUUGGCAUCACAGAUGAAACUUAGCUUAAAUGGGUCAUUUCUACCUGUUUUUCUGUGCUCCAGCUGGGUUGUGGGCUCCCCAUGUAGAGCUGAGUUUCUCCACUCCACGGAGUGGCAUCAUGGCUCAAACUGUCAUUCUGAGCUAAAACCUGGUAGAUGCAGUAAAAACCACUUCGAGAAAGAUGGCUUGUGUUAGGCUGAAGCUGAUAGAAUCUUCACCUGCUGCAGCCCUCUGUGGGCCACCCUAGUGUUUGUGAUCCAUGCUUGAAGUAGCUGUGUGCACACACUCCCAGUGCCAGCAAGGUAAUUGUGUGCUUUCUUUAAAGAAGUGUAUGUUUUCUGAAAGCAAAAGAAAAAAGGAAGGCCCACCAUUCAGAGACCACUGUGAGCAUUUUCAUGUAGAUCCCGCUCUCCCUAACUUUUUUGUUCCAGUGCUGGGAAUUGAGUUGUGAGGUUCAGGAGUGCUAAGCAAGUGCUCUACCACUGGUGUGCAUCCUUAGUCCUUGUUUGCUCUGUAAACCAAACUGGGAACACACACAAUAUUCACCCUUUACAUCCAGCUUGUUCACUUGACAUUUCCUCUUGAGCAUUUCUCCAUGCCACGAGUAGUUCUUCAAAAGCAUGUUUUUGAUAAUUGUAAAGUCAAAUGGUUGUAAAUUUAUAAGUUAGCCAAUUGUUUCCCUGUUGUAAAACAUUCAGGUGGUCUUUGCGUUUUCUUUGUGUUUUGUUUUUUGUUAUUUAAAUAAUGCUGUGGUGAGUAUACUUAUAAGCCUUUGAUUUUUAUUCUGAUUUUACCCCUUCCUCACAUACCUGAAGUGGUAUUUUUGGGUAAAAUAAUUUGUUCAUUUCACAGCUUUUCCUCUUCCUUGGUCUGAUGUUUAGAUGCUUUGAGUUCCAGUUACAAACCUACCUUCCUUGUGUCCUACAGAUUCUGAACAUACCAGUUCUUACCAAGCUGUGUGUUCCCAAGAAAGUAUGACUAGGACUGCUCUUUUUAGUGCUAAAAUGUCAUUACUGCAGAUUCCUUUGUGACAGAUCUUUCCAGUUUCUUCAUUUUCAUUGCAACAAUCUACUCCUGCAUGUUAUACUUCCUUUUCAUCCUCGCUGCUAAGGCUUCCCAGUGCUUGGUGAUGUUUUCAGAAUCUUGUACUUUGUGUCCACGAUGGUACUGAAUCUGCUUCUACACAGUCAGCAGAGAUAAAGUGUUGAACUGACCUUGCCACAUGCCUAAUGGAUAAUUCAUAAUUAAGUUUAUAGACUCAAAUGCAUUUGGGCCAUUUGGGAAUCAGUCGCAAAGCAGAAUAACAAAGCUCUUCUUGGAAAAGAAACCACACAGAUGAUUUGGGCUUACCAGAAGUACACUUGUGAAUGUCCCUGCUCCACACUUCAGGUCUUGAUUAGGACAGCACAGUGGCCAGGCUUUGUUAUUGCUAAGCAUGGCUGUCCCAGCUGACGCUAUGUAAACCUUGUGUGCUGCAGUGCUGCAGCAGGUAAACUACAGUGUCCACCCAAAUUGGAUAAGAUCUUCGUCUCUGUGGGAUGGGGCCUGCAGGUUUAAUGUUGAAACAUGCAGCAGAGAUUUUCUGGGCACCAUACUUGGUGUUACUUGACUCUGUCAGAGCUUAGGGCUGGAGAUGUGCAGAAAUCAGUUUUCUGCCCUUCUCUGCCUCAAGGCUUCUCCCCACUGUUCCAUAGACCCAGGGUGUUCAUAGCUGAGACUUGGGAGGCCAUAGCAACUAUUGAGUAUGGCAAAGAUGCUGCCAUACACUUUUUCCACUUGUUUUAAUGCAAAACCCAACAUAAACUGAUGGUGAUGCCAAUGGGUGUAGCGCCUCUUAGGCAGAGUGUAUGAUAAGGGUCCUGACAGAUUUGACAGGGCUAGGACGACUCUCAGAACCUCUGAAGAUAAGUGGCUUCUGGCCUAACACUUGAGGGUUGUAGGUUAGAAUGUGGAACAAUGGCCUUGGAAGGAAGCUCUUUCAAGCACGUUUGCAGCGGUAAGCAAAUGAACUAGCCAAUAUGCAUACCUGAAAAUUCCCUGUAAUUCAUUUCUUCCAUAUGAAGAAUCCAAACUCUACAGAAAUUUUUACAAAUGGCAAAAUUUCCCCUCCUCAUGUAGUCCACCCUAGUUUAAUCAUCUGGGUUAGUGACUGCAAGUGGGUCACUGUGCAGGCGAAAGCCUCCAUUAUGACCAUAGUGUGAUUGAACAUGGCACAAAUCAAAAACUGUUACAGUAUUUAGAGCUGCUGCGGCUAUUCCCUAGCCACGUACAGUAGGAUGAAUCAAUAGUCUAUUGCUGUCAUUCAGGUUGGUGGCAGUCAGUUAGAACAUAUGUAAUAUUCUCUACCUGGUCUGUAGCUGUAACUGUGAUGUACAGGCAAAGGAAAAAUUAAAAAUACUUAUGAAAACAGAUAAUGCAAUGAUACUAGGAUAUACACUUUUGUAUUUUUAUUCUUAUAUAAGGUUAUUUGCUGGCUAUUGUCGGCCUCUAGUUCAGUCUGUAUUAUUUAAAUUCUAAUAUAUGAAUUAUUUGGAUUGAAUUCAUGUUUGGGGCCACGUUGUAUGUAUUGAUGUACAGCCUUGAAUGUGAAUAAUUAUUGUAAACUAUAUUUUACAACUUUUUUCCUGGCUUUAUUAUAUAAAUUUUCUAUUUGGUCAUGGUUUAAUCAUAUAAUUUAAUGAAACAACUUCUUUUUUUUUCAAAUAUCUGUGCUUUAGAUGUAAUUACCGGAUGAUGGAUUUCCCUCGUAUGCUCGGUAGUCUUGUAAUAAAAGCAUGUAGAGUGUA